CCUCUUUUACCGUGCUCCAAGAUGCCCCCUAAGGUCGACCCCACCGAAAUAAAGAUCAUCACUCUCCGUGCCACUGGUGGUGAAGUUGGUGCUUCCAGCGCUCUCGCCCCCAAGAUUGGUCCUCUCGGUCUCUCUCCUAAGAAGGUCGGAGAAGACAUUGCCAAGGGCACUGCUGACUGGAAGGGUCUCCGUGUCACUGUCCAAUUGACUAUCCAGAACCGUCAGGCUCAGGUCUCCGUUGUUCCCUCUGCCUCUUCCUUGGUCAUCAGAGCUCUUAAGGAGCCCCCGCGUGAUCGCAAGAAGGAGAAGAACGUCAAGCACUCUGGCAACAUCUCCCUCGAUGAUGUUAUUGAGAUUGCCCGCACUAUGCGUUACAAGUCUCUUGCCCGUGAGCUUAAGGGUACCGUCAAGGAAAUUCUUGGUACUGCUUUCUCCGUUGGCUGCACUGUCGAUGGCCAAAACCCCAAGGAUCUUGGUGAUGCCAUUGACGCUGGUGAAGUCGAGGUCCCCGAGAAAUAAGCAUAUUGUAAAAAUAAGGCUCUCUAAUGGGGGGUUUUCAUUUAAAAUAAAAAUAUAUACAUCAAGAACUGUGUUGACUUUAUUAUUUUAUUUGGCUAUUCUGUGUGAUUGUUGCUCUCAUCAUGUUGCAACUUGAUCAGCAACUGCUAACCUGACGUGAUUCGGCUCUAACUUUGACUUUUGGCUAGCUUUCUAAGGGUGUCGUUGAUAUAGGGGCACGUCGUUGCUUGAACGGGGUUUGUUCUGGCAUUAUAUAAAUUCGCAAUGUACACGUGGACGCAUGAAAUACUGGGUCCGAGCGUUCGAAGUAGCCUAGUAGAAAAGAC